AUGCUUCUGUCCCCACAGGUAUCCUUCCUUUCAUUUAAUGCGAAAGUUUGUAUACAGGACCAGCCUAAUAUUAACAGGUUUGGUCUCAUGCAUACAAUUGCAACAAAUAUCUUAGUGUGGAUGAGUACAGUAUUGGAUGAAUCUGCUGAGCAGUUGAAGGAACUUUACCAUGUCAACAAAACAGUGGGACAAGCCAUUCUGCAGGAUUCUCAGUACACAAACAGCUGUGAGUGCUUUACUAAAGCCUGUUAUGUCUUUCGUGAAGGAUCCAUUUACUUAUAUCCUUUUAAUAUUGAAUUCAGUCUCUUUUCAUCAGUCAUGCUAUACAUCAUGUGGAAGAAUGUAGAACGAGUCCCCCAUGUUGAUGAAUUUGUGAAGACAAAAAGGAGAGCAGUCUCUUUCAAUGGUAUACUUAUUGGACUGGUAUUUGGUGUUCUUGUUCUAUUAUCCACUUUUGGGGUUAUGAUCUUAUCUGGUGUUCAUGCCAAAAAAUCUGAAAUUUUGCCUUACUAUAGCUUUGAUUCUGGGCUGCUCUUUACAAUGUUUGUAGCUUCAGUGACAGGCAUUGCCACAAACCAACACAGAAAGAAUGAUUCAGCCUCAAAAAGACCCAAGAGUGUGGUUAGAAAUGUGGAUAUCUCCCUUCUGCUGGGAAGCUCUUGUGGUCCUCUGAUGGGUUCUGUCUUCUCACUGGUCUCGUUUUUCUUCUGCCAAGUUCGAGACUAUUUUAAUUUCUUGGAUUUCUGUUUGUCUGUCUGCAGAAUUGUUCAGCUGCUUGCACAAAACCUCUUUAUUGCUGAGGCAUUGUAUUCUGUUCCCAAUGGGUUAGAAAGUGAAGAAAAGGAGAGUCUAGUAUUUUCAAUAUCUCAAUCAGCGCACAGCUUUGUUUUUCAUCAUGGAGUCUGCAAUGAAGGCUUUGAUGAUACAACUGAAAAUUUCUCAUGUUUGGCAAAAGAACAAAAUUCAGAUAUAUCAACAUCUCAGGAGUUCAAAACACUAUCUUCACUGCACAAACCAGACUGCAGCUUUAUACCUAGAAUAUCUCAGACAGAUGAUAUUUUUCAGUUAAGAGAAAUAAAAGAAUCUAGAGUUCUCAAGAAGAAUCUCAUACCCAACAUUUCUGUCUUUCUGAUUUUCUGCAACAUAUCAGUUUGGAUACUCUGUGCCUAUCUGAUCAGGCCUCACCUACAUAGCCAAAUUGAACAGAAGUUCUAUGGUUCUACCCUAUGGGCUAUCAUUGAAAACAUUUCAUUGCCACUUGGAAUAUUUUACCACAUGCAUUCUGUUGCAAGUUUGUUUGAAGUUUACUGUAGAUCUUAAUUCAUGCCAUCAUCUGAUGUUCUAUGAAAUGAAACUGUGGUCCUUUGUAAGGUACUAUGUAAGAACUGUAAAUGAUGCAGGUGUUUCUAAUCACCAAAACUGAACGUAAUAUGGUAAUCUCAAGCAAAAAGUACAUUUUAACAAAGACUAAUGUUGUAUCCAA